UCUUCAGUCCUCCUGUGGUCCCCAUUGACCAAUGGUUAGCGACACCCCCUACGUACUGUAACCGCGGCGGACGUGCCUUUGUGCCGACCCUGAUGGCCUCAUAGCGGCCGGCCGAAUCACCCACCCGACGGGCGUAAUACCGCCGCUGGCCUCGCCGUCCUGAUGCGCCCGGGACUCGCCGGACUCGCCGCGGAGAUGCUGAGCGGGGCCGUGUGCCGUGCCAGGCCGAGGCUGGGCAGCCUCCUGCUGGCGCCCGUCCCCACAAUGGCAGCAGUACCACUACCAGUGAUGAGCGGACGCCGACUGAGGUCCACGUCGUCCCUGCAGGGCUUCUCCGAAAUGGCGAGAGAGCGCUCCAAGACGGUGACAUCGUUUUACAACCAGUCAGCCAUUGAUACAUCAGCGGAGAAGGCUUCAGUGCGACUCAUGCUGGCGACACUGUUGUAUUCUGGCAAGUCCCCGGAUGGACACCACAUCCUGAGCAGCGCCAAGUACCUGCACAAAGAGCUCCCCGUGCGCAUCGCCCACCGCAUCAAAGGCUUCCGCAGCCUGCCUUUCAUUAUCGUCUGCAACCCCACCAUCCUGCAAGUGCAUGAACUCUACAUCAGAGCCUACCACAUGCUCAGCGACUUUCCCUCUAUCCAGGAUCAGGACGCAGAGUCUCGUUUCUGCAAGCUGGUGCAGCAGCUCCUGGACGACCACAAGGACGUGGUCACGAUGCUGGCUCAGGGCUUCAGGGAGUGUCGCAGGCACAUCCAAGAUGAGACCAUCAUCCGAAACUUCCUGGACUCCACGCUGUGCUCCCGCCUGGGAAUACGCAUGUUGGCCACGCACCACCUCGCCUUGCAUGAAGACAAUGCAGACUUUGUAGGCAUCAUCUGCAGACGUCUGUCGCCCAAAAAGAUCAUUGAAAAGUGGGUGGACUUUGCCAGGCGACUUUGUGAGCACCAGUACGGCAACUCUCCCCGAGUUCGCAUCAACGGCCACGUGGCGGCCCGCUUCCCCUUCAUCCCGCUGCCGCUCGACUACAUCCUGCCCGAGCUGCUCAAGAACGCCAUGAGGUCCACCAUGGAGAGCCACUUGGACACGCCCUACAACGUGCCCGACGUGGUGGUCACCAUCGCCAACAACGACAUCGAUUUUGUCAUCAGGAUUUCGGACCGCGGUGGCGGCAUCCCUCACAGAAUCAUCGACAAGGUGAUGGACUACCACUUCAGCACGGCCGAGGAGAGCGCGCAGGACCCCCGCAUGAACAACUUCUUCAACAACAUCACCAACAGCGGCAACCAGUCUGGACCCAUGCACGGCUUCGGUUUCGGCCUGCCGACGUCGCGGGCGUACGCCGAGUAUCUGGGCGGCUCCUUGUCCAUUCAGUCCAUGCAGGGCAUCGGCACCGACGUCUACCUGCGUCUGCGCCACAUCGACGGCAAAGGCGAAAGCUUCCGAGUGUGACCUCGCCCCUUCUUUCCCCCCCCCCCCCCCCCCCCAUUUUAUUUCUAACAACGCUCCUUUUCUUUCCUGUCUUUGCCUUAGACGGAUUAUAAGCUAUGUUAGCUCUCAAGUUGAGGACUUGGAUUUAUUAUUUUUCCUGUUUGUUUUGUACCCUGUGUUACAAAAAGGGGUAAGAAGUUACUUGACAUGAAGUCAGUCCCCGCAGUAAGACAAAGAGUUUGUGAUGAAGGAUGGAAAAAAUAAGUUGCCAAAACACGCUCGCUAAUAUUUUCAGCCUUAUUUACUCCCCACAUUCUUCUUUGCUGCCUUCAUUAAACUGCACUUAGUUCUACUUUCUCUCUAGCGUACCGUAGAAGUAUUGUCCUUUUUUUUUGGUUUUAUUGACUUUUAUGCUACGUUUGUUUGUACUCCAGUUAUGACGUCAUGUUGACGGAAGUUAAAGCUAGCAAAAAAAUCGAUUUUUUUUUUUUAAUAACGGAAUUAAUAACACUUGAGUUUUUUUUUGUUUUUUUCUAACUCAGCAUGACUCAGGUGCGAGAGUAGUUGUCUCCCAACCUGAAGGCCGCGGGUUCGAUCCUCAAUCAAGGUAUUCUUUAGCAAGCUUCUAAUGCUGCGUCAUCAUCAGUAGGUUAAACAAUUUCACCAUAUUGUCGUCAAGUCUGCCAACUUUUCAAGGCGAGGACGACUUUUAAAGGACUUUCAAGCAGCGCCGCCAUGUGAAGUUAAUCGGGUUGAUAAUGAAUAAGUGUGUAAAUAUGUAGUUAGUGCAUGUCAGGAUGGGAAGUCCAUACCUCAAAGCUGCCGUUGAAGAAGUCUGGAGCGCCCUCUGCUGGCCAAAAAUAAAAACACCAGCUGACUGAUGCUGUUUUUUUUUUGUUUUUUUUUCUUCAGUCAAGUUUUUGGAAGUUGGUCAUCUUCCCUUUUUUUGAGGUAAAUGUUUAAUGUAGAAUUAAGUAAAGAAAAGAAAAAACAUUCUCCAGAUAAAAUACUUUUACUGACCUUUGUUGUGUUCACAUUAAAGUUGACAUGUUUGGACCUGUUGA